UGGCUGCAGUGAGCUCACUGCACCAUCACUUAGGCUGGCAGCACUGCACCCUGGCCGUCUUUCUCUUCUGAACUUCCUAGGAGCUGUGAGAUGCCUGGCCCAGAGUUGGGACUGACUCUAAUGAGAUGGCCGGGAGGCAGGGCUGAGCUCACGGACACUGACCCUCCAACCCCAUGGACUCCUGAGGCCACCUCUGACAUGGCCCUCAAGGACAGUGUUUCUGAAUCGACAGUUCACUGUGAAAAACAUGCCCCUUCCUUGGCUUUGUUCUUGUCUUUCUCUAUUUCAUUGUGAAAUGCUGAGGCGCUCCAAGACUCUCCAAGCUUCUGGGCUCUGCUCCCCACGGCCCCAUCCCUGUGGCUGAUCGCCCCUGGCACAGCCUGACCCUCACUGAAAGGACAAGCUUCCCGCAUAGCCCAGGAGAAGCUGGAGGGAGUUGGAGCCUGGAGUCGGGUCACCUGCCGGCAGCUGAUCCAGCUGCUCAGUUGCAGACCUGGGAGGCCCAGAUCCAGCCCCACCCUGCCAACUCUGGGUUGCAGCAUGGAGUGGACAGGGUGAGAAUUCCAUCCUGUCUUUGAGACAAUCUUCUGGAAGCCUCACCCAAUCCCCAGCUGAGCUGUUUUUUCUCUGGAAAUACAGAGGCCUGGAGCCCAUGGGCCUCAUCUAUGUACCAUCUGCUUCCCAGGAACCCCUGGAGACCUUCCCUACCCAAUGGCUCCAACCAACCUCACGGCCAUGGUGGAGUUUGUCCUGCAGGGCCUCUCAGAAAACCCCCAGCUGCAGGGUGUCUUCAGUGCUCUCUUCCUUCUCCUUUACCUAACAGCUCUUGCAGGGAAUGGCCUCAUCCUCAUGGCCAUCUGCCUGAACCCAGGGCUCCACACCCCAAUGUACUUCUUUCUCACCAACCUGGCCAUGUUAGACAUCAUCUGCACAUCUACUGUUCUUCCCAAGUUGCUGGAGAUCCUGAUGGGUCAGGGCAGUACCAUCUCCUAUGGAGGCUGCAUGACCCAGCAAUUCUUCCUGACUUGGAUCCUGGGGGCUGAGCUGCUGCUGCUCACGGUCAUGGCGUAUGACCGCUACGUGGCCAUCUGCCAGCCCCUGCACUAUCACACACUGAUGAGCAGGCGCCUCUGUGUCCUGCUGGCAGGCAGCGUGUGGGCGGUCAGUGGGGUCAACACCUGUGUCCAAACUGGCCUGAUGGCACGGCUAACAUUCUGUGGCCUCAAUCAGAUCCAUACCUUCCUUUGUGAACUCCCCACACUGCUGCUGCUUGCCUGUGGUCCAAAGAACCUGAACAACAUCAUAAUGGCCAUUGCAGCUUUUUACAUUGGUGUGGUCGACUUCCUGCUCACCAUGCUGUCCUAUGCCUUCAUCAUCACCAGCAUCCUGCGCAUCCGCUCAGCCGAGGGCAAGCGCAGGGCCUUCUCCACCUGCUCCUCCCAUCUCCUGGUGGUCUGCCUGUACUACUCCACUCUCAUCUACACCUACUUACUCUCAGGGUCUGAGUCCUCCAUGGAAAAUGGCAAAGUGGUCGCCAUAAUGUACACGGCAGUCAGCCCCACCCUGAACCCACUCAUCUACACUCUGCGCAACAAGGAUGUAAAAGAGGCCCUCAGGAGGGUGCUUCCCACAUUCAGUAAGUGAAAGGAAAUGGCCAAGUGUAAUCUUGAAAUUCAUAUAAUUUCAAAACUUGACCCUGGGUAUCUAAGGGGUUGAAGGUACUUCAUGUGAUAGAUUUAUAAGCAAUGUCCUCUGCCAAUGAGAACUGGACAUCUUUAUGGGGAACUUUAAACUUUCCAAGGAUCUAACUGUGGAUACUCUCAGGCUUCAGGGGAGCAGGAUGUGAGGGGGAAACACGGGAGAGCCAGUGUCCAGGGGGAACAGCAGGAGACACAGGAAGGCACAUCCUCCGUAUCCUAACUCCAGGACCUCCUGAUGUUUUCACCGAUUCAUGAGCACCGGGGACAAGGUUGUGUCCUUCACAUCUGGUCACCAUGGACCACUCUCUCUUUCAAAGUGGGGUCUCGGGUUCUGGAGUGAGGCCCUUAGGCUCACUGCUUGGUGCAUUUUCCAUGGGAUCUCUCAGUAUCCUGAUUUGGAGAACCUCACCUGGACCCUGGUUAUCUGACCCACCUCCUCCUAGCGUGAGUUUGGGGAAGAGACAAGAUUCCCUGCUCCUCACCACAUCUGUGGCACCACAGAGAGGAGGGCAGAUGGCAUUAGGCAGCUUUCCAUUUUACUGACCUGCAGAAAAGAGGUCUAUUUUCAUAUAAUUUCGUUUUCAAGAAACAGGCACCAUGAAUCUUUAACAAAGAUGCUUUGUCAUCAUCACAGGAAAGAGGUUUUCUUGGCAAAAGCUUCUCCAACAUUUCUUUUAUGGAUUCAGUUUGUUCUCAAUGUCAUUUUAUUAGUAUUGAUAUUAAUUACUAUUAUUAUCAGCCUCAUGUGCUUCUUCUUGCCUUUAAAUAUUUGUAUUCUUCACUGCUUCAGCCUAGACUCUCUUCUGGUAAUUGCAUCUUGUCCACAUCUGCAUUUAUCUUUAAUAUUUGCCAGAGAUACCCACAUUAAUAGCUGCAGUCCAUUCCUCACCUUCAAACCCAGAUUCAUUGAUCUAACUGCAGAGCUAACAUAGCACUUGGCAGUUUUCCAGGGAUCUUACUCGACAGUCUACAUGUAUGCUCAUCAGUCCCCAAUUCCCAUCUAACUGUCAGAGUCAUGAUCACAGAAGGAUUCUCAGCCUCUUUCCCAGCCCCUGUCUGCGAAGCCUCCUCACGGGUAGUGAUUGAAUCUGAGCACCUCUCACGUCUGCUUCUCCCUUCUCUAACCCUCACCCGCAGAUGCCAGAGCAUUCCUGCUGGAUGUCUCAGCACUGCCACCUGGUCUGUCCACAUCUAUCCUUGACCUCCCAGUAUCAGGUUUCUGCCUUGUGUUCAGAGUAUAAAUAUUAUAACAUUUCAUAAUGUAAGGUUUCAAGCAUAUAGCAAAUUUGAAAGAAUUUUACACUGAAGACGUAUUUGCCCAUUAUCUAAAUUCUACCAUUAAUUGUUCCCACCAUUGUAUUGUUACUAAUACAACAUUCCAUCAAUUCAACUUGUUCUUUAUGAAUUUCAAAGCAAGUUUCAAACAUUAGUACCCUUUUCCUUAAAUAUAUCUUCUUGAUUAUUUAUGAUUUGGGUUCAAUGUUUGUUUAGUUUCUUUGCCCUUUGAUGUAAAAAUUUCAAUGAAAUGUAUAAACCAGCAUGCACAUUUUCUGAGUUUUGAUAACGCUCACAGUUGUGUAACACAACCCCCUGUCAAGGUAUAGAAUGUUUUUCCCACCCCAGAAGGUUCCCUCUGCCCUUGUCCAGUCGAUCCCCACCCCACUCCUUUCUGAAGUCAUCACUGUUCUGUUUUUUUCCACUGUGGGUCAGUUUUUCAUGUCAUAGAAUGUCAUGUAAAUGGAAUUACAGAGUGCACAAGGCCUCUUUCAGUUAGCUUACUAUUUUUUUUUUUGAGAUUCAUUCAUGUAGUUACCUGUAUCAUUAGUUUGUUCCUUUUUCUCCAUUAGUAUUAAAUUGUAUGAACAUACCACGUUUAAUUUAUGCAUUCACAAGUUGAUGGACAUUUUUUCUGAGUUUUGGAGAUUAUGAAUAAAAAUGCCAUGCACUUUUGAGUACAUGUCUUUCUGCAGACCUGUUUUUGUUUUUCUUGUUUAAAUGACUAGAAGUGUGAUUGCCUGGUCUUAGUGAAUGUGUCUGUUUGAUUUCGUAAAAAGUGUCAAUGUUUUU